AGGAAGGCUGGGCGGAGGCGGGAGCGGGGGUGCUUCUUCUCUACUCCUGCGUCCUGGAUCACCUUGUCUUCGGCCCAAAUCCGGAGGAUGGGAAAAGGGAAGCGGGCAGGAGAGAGCCGGGGUCGGGAGACGGACGGUCCCUUUUGGGGAGGGGCUUUAGUAUACCCGACUUGUCUGCCCUGGGGCCCAGGCCUGUGCCACCAUGGCGCUGCCUCCAGGGCCAGCUACCCUCCCGCACACACUUCUGCUCCUGCCGGCCCUUCUGAGCUCAGGUUGGGGGGAGCUGGCGCCACAAAUUGAUGGUCAGACCUGGGCAGAGCGGGCACUUCGAGAGAAUGAACGCCAUGCCUUCACCUGCCGUGUGGCAGGGGGACUUGGCACCCCUCGAUUGGCCUGGUACCUGGAUGGACAGCUGCAGGAGGCCAGCACCUCGAGACUGCUGAGUGUGGGCAGGGAGGCCUUCUCUGGAGGCACCAGCACUUUCACUGUCACUGCCCAGCGGGCCCAGCAUGAACUCAACUGCUCCCUGCAGGACCCAGGCAGUGGCCAGUCAGCCAAUGCAUCCGUUAUCCUCAAUGUGCAAUUUAAGCCGGAGAUUGCUCAGGUUGGGGCCAAGUACCAGGAAGCUCAGGGCCCGGGCCUUCUGGUCAUCCUCUUUGCCCUCGUGCGUGCCAACCCGCCUGCCAAUGUGACCUGGAUCGACCAGGAUGGGCCAGUGACUGUCAACACCUCGGACUUCCUGGUGCUGGAUGCCCAGAACUACCCCUGGCUCACCAACCACACCGUGCAGCUGCAGCUCCGCAGUCUGCCACACAACCUCUCGGUGGUGGCCACCAACGACGUGGGUGUCACCAGUUCCUCGCUUCCAGCCCCAGGGCUCCUGGCCACCCGGGUGGAAGUGCCACUGCUGGGCAUCAUUGUGGCUGGAGGGCUUGCCCUGGGCACCCUGGUGGGGUUCAGUACCUUGGUGGCCUGCCUGAUCUGCAGGAAAGAGAAGAAGACCAAAGGCCCCUCCCGGCGCCCAUCCCUGAUCUCUAGUGACUCCAACAACCUGAAACUCAACAACGUGCGCCUGCCACGCGAGAACAUGUCCCUCCCGUCCAACCUUCAGCUCAAUGACCUCACUCCAGACUGCAGAGGGAAACCAGCAGACCGGCAGAUGGCUCAGGACAACAGCAGGCCAGACCUUCUGGACCCAGAGCCUGGUGGCCUCCUCACCAGCCGAGGUAGGGAAAGCGGCCUGCUGCCUUGCUCCCUUGCCCUCCCGCGUGUGCCAAAGGCCUCUGAGUCACCAAGGGCAGAGAGUGGUCUCCCAGCUUCCAAGAAAUGAGGGUGACUGAGUCCCCUGGGAUCUGUGACCCCGCAGGUUUCAUCCGCCUCCCAAUGCUGGGCUACAUUUACCGGGUGUCCAGUGUGAGCAGUGAUGAAAUCUGGCUCUGAGAUGAGGCCAAGACAGAGGGUACCUUCUUGGCCCCUGGGCAUCCUCCUGGUCCUCGUCCAAGGCAUCCUUUGCCUGGCCAUGUUGCCAAUGGGAAGAGGCCAUGCCUCUGCGACUUUUGCUUGCCCGGGGGCACGGGUAUUCUUGGCCAGGCUGCCAGCUGGACCUACUCCUGGCUGGACCUGGACCUGUUCUGACUCCAGUUGGGGGCCUGCAUGACUGCCCGUGCCCAGAUGUGCCUGGAGGUCAGCCAGCAUCUAAGCGUGGCAUGGCCCUGCUGGCUCGGGCCAGCUCUGCCUGCACCAGUGCUCCUCAGCACUGUGUACAGCAAGCAUGGGGCCUGCUUGGUUGGGGGGCGGGGGGCCUUGCACGUCCUGGAUUUCCUUCACAUGCUAUGCAGCUUUGUUCCCUCAGGGAAAAUUUAGGACCCUGCUAGCUGUAGAGAACCAACCUGCCCUUUCCACAUGAACCCACCCCUGAUUCAGGGGUGCUGGUGAAGCACAGACCAGUCCUUUUUGCUGCAUCUCUCUGCCCCUCUGCGCCUACCCCAUCUUGGGCAUCGUAGGUUAUACGCUGGACCUUCGUUUCUUCACUGGGCACUAGACUCUCCUGCUGGCCUGGGCCCUCGUGGUGUCAGAGCCUGGUAUUGGCACAAGUCAGGAGACAAGAGGGAGGUGAGAAGUCUGGUGCCCAGGACUGCAUGCAGCUGUGCCUCGUUUUUCACAGGGUUGCACUUUAAGCACAUCUCCUGGGAAGGGAGUGUGGCCUCGGGCCCUGCCUGUGGCUUUCCCGAGUUUGGCCUUUUUAUGACUCACUGUGAGUGCCCUGAGCCCUUGGGGUUGACGGGUUUCUGCUCAAAAUAUCUCCCCCUUCCAUGGGCGCCUAGCCCUGACCUCCCCAUCAGCAGGAAACUGUUCUUGUCCCAUCUUCCAUCCUUUAGGGGAUGGUCACAGUACAUCAUUUGACAAUGCUGGAAACCUUAGGGAGACGUGGGAAAGGAGGGGAGAUCACAUAUCCCAGAACAACCCAAGUACACUGUUGAAAGGCAACAUGAAAAAGAUUGCAAAUUAAUAGCGUGCAAAGUAUAUUUUUCCCUUGUUGAUACCUUGUUUUGUAAUUUUUCUCAAUACCGCCAAGAACAGUGCUGAGCACACAGUAGGUUCAAUAAACUUGACUGAGUGAAUGUUA